UUCAUAUUCUUACUUAGGUGUAUGCAAAAAAUUUGCUUUACUUUACCUUCGGUCAUUAGGAAAGAUGGUGAAGUGGAAGGUGAAACUGCCGAUUUUUUCGAUAUUGACGAUAUUUAGUUUAACAUUUAAUCAUGGCGUAGCACGAGAGCAACUUUGCAACAUAUACAACUGCCCGUCGCCUUUUAAAUGUGACGAAGAAAAAGAUCAAUGUUAUUUCGACCCGCCUGCAACUGAGAAUGGAGGUCCGAACUGUAACGAAAAUACGUGUCAACCACCUUUCCAGUGCGACCCCGAGACUGACAUCUGUUACAUGGUUCCAAAUGCUCCAACAGCAGAGUCAUUGUGCAACAAUUAUAAUUGUCCGCCGCCUUUCAAAUGUGACAACAAGACGGAUCAAUGUUACUAUAUUCCGCCCCAAGCCGAUGAUAGAGGACCGGCUUGCAACAAACACACGUGCCACCAACCUUUCAGAUGCGACUUGAAGCAAGACAAAUGCUACUGGACACCAACGACGCCUGUCAUUCUUUCGACACAACCAACUCCUAUUUGCAACGAAAACUCCUGUCCGCGUCCAUACACGUGCGACGAGAGGCUCAACGCCUGUUACUUGGACGCUACUCUAACGACAUCGUCAACAACGUUCACAACAACGCCAACGUCGACACAAAAUACCACCGAUCAAUACAUUGAUUCUACCGCGGAUCACAGAGAAAGAGAAUGUAAUGCAGAAAAUUGUCAGUACCCAUUCCAGUGCGAUCCUGUGACAGAUUUGUGCUACUUCAUACCACCAACCGAACAUCCACCAGUGACACCUGCCUGCGGUCCGCUUAACUGUCCUCCGCCUUUCAGAUGCGAUCCAAAAGAUGGUUUGUGCAAAUACAUGCACGAUAAGGACAAAUGGUGCAAGAAGGAGAAAUGUCCCAGACCAUUCCACUGUGACCGUGAGACUGAGCAGUGUCUCUUUACACCACCAAGAAAUCUUACAAAUCCAGACAAUUUGCCAUGCAAUCGACAUACCUGUCCUAGGCCUUAUCAGUGUGAUCAGCAGGGACUGAACUGCCUGUUCUUGCCAAAAGGUUGCGAGGACGAGCAAUGCCCACCACCAUUUGCUUGCGAUUUUGGGUUUUGUGUCUAUCGUCCUCCUCCAUCCGCAGAUGGAAAGAAAAGAAGAUGUGACAAAAGGACUUGCGAACGACCUUCAUAUUGUGAUAAAUUGCGAGAUCUUUGCGUAUACGUGGAACCUGUUACAAUAGCAACAGAGACCCCAGGUAUAACACCAGCUUGCAGCCUCAGAAACUGUCCACCACCUUUCCAGUGUGAUCCUAAAGACAUGAAGUGCAAGUACAUUGACCUGCGGGCUACAACACCUAUACAUGAUACAAUUGGAUGUCGUAAAUACUGUCGGUAUCCAUUCCAGUGUGACAGACAAGAACGAUGCGUGUUUUUGGAGAGGAAGGUUGUUAUAUCUUCAUUUGGAGACCAGGCAUGCAACGCAGAAUGGUGCCAGUUUCCAGCUGCAUGUAACCGAACAACAGAGCAAUGCGAAUGGAUCGAUGUAAAAAUUACGCCUGAUCCGUACGAACCUGUCACACUUCCGACUUAUGUAUCCAAAGUCCGCUGUACAAAUUCAUGGUGCAAACCUCCAUACGAAUGCAAUAAAGAAGGAGUUUGCUUAAAAGAAGAAAUUGAACUUGUCCCCCCACCACCUUUACCAAUACCAAUACCUCCAACUUGUGGUUCGUCUUGGUGUGUGGAGCCUCAUCAUUGCGACAACGCUGGCGAAUGUGUAGAUGAUCAUGGAAGCAGGAUACGACCACCUAUUUUGCCACCGAAACCACAACGAUGCGCCGAUUGGUGUCAGGAACCGCUGUCUUGUAAUCAGUUCGAAAAGUGCAUAAAAACAACACUUCUUACUCAGCAUCCACCGCUACCGUGUUCAACCUCGUGGUGUACAGAACCUUUCGUAUGUCAGGACGAUGCCACUUGUAUCAGAGAAAGAAGAAAGGUCAUUCCGCUACCAUCAAGGCCGGCAGUAAGACAACCACCUUGUAUGCGUGGCUGGUGUAACCGUGGUUAUUCUUGCGGAGCCGACGGAACAUGCGCAAACGCAGCUGGGGAAAUACUUCUACCGCCGAUGCCACCGACCCCACCACCACCACCAUGUCAAAUGUGGUGUCUACCACCCUUCGAAUGUGACGGUCAAGACUGCGUGCAGAUAGUCAUCGAAACCAAAUUACGACCAGAAACAGAAGAAGAACCGUCCUGUUCACCGUCAUGGUGCCCACAACCACCUUACAUAUGUGAGAAUGACCAAUGCGUGUCGAUAUAUGGAAAAGAACAGCGUCCUCCUUCAGCUCCAAAAGCUUGCGACGAUGAAUGGUGCCUUCCACCGUUUGAAUGUCUGAACGGUAUCUGUGCAAUUAUCAUGAACAACACUUUGUACCCACCAACUACGCUAUCACCAUUUGCAUGCGCAAGCUACUGCUUUCUGCCUUAUGAAUGCACUUCGAACGGUCAGUGCGUCAAAAUAACAGAAAUUAUCAUUCCACCUCCUCCUUCAGGAAUAGCAUGUAACAAAGAAUGGUGUAAAGACCCAGCUGAAUGUGAUUCAGAAGGUUUUUGCAAGUAUCUCAAAACAGAAGUACUACCAGCUCCACAAGAAAUAGCACCAGCUUUACCCCAUCAAAUUAAAUGCUCAAGUGACUGGUGUUUCAGUCCUUACGAAUGCAUCAACAACAAAUGCAUUAUGAGACAAUCAACCUGCAGCUCAGACUGGUGUACCGGAGAUCACUAUUGCAACUUUGAGAACAAAUGCGUGAAGUAUUUUACUGAAGAUAUUACUGGCACUGCUACAAUUCCACAACCUCCACCUACUAAAUGCGACCCAAGUUGGUGCAACUCCGGAUGGAAAUGUGUUAGCGACGAGUGCGUCUUUGCAGAUGUUGGAACAUCCCCAGGACCUCCGCCAACGCCUCCUCCUCCAAAAUGUGACACUAGCUGGUGCAAUGGUGGAUAUGAAUGCAACGAAGAAGGCGUGUGUGCUCUAAAGAUAACAGAAACUGUAACAACCCCAGAAAUAACCACAGUGUCGAAAGUACUAGAUCUAUGCGAAGGCAUCAACUGUCCGCCAGAUUUUGAAUGCAUGCAAGGCAUAUGUGUCCAUCCUUCAACUAUUACUCAGUCACCAACAGAAAUUGAGGAACUUCCUAAAUGCUCAAUUGACUGGUGUCUCAAUCCUUAUGAAUGCAUCAACAAUAAAUGUAUUCUGCCACUACCAACCUGCAGCUCAGACUGGUGUACCGGAGAUCACUAUUGCAACUUUGAGAACAAAUGCGUGAAGUAUUUUACUGAAGAUAUUACUGGCACUGCAACAAUUCCACAACCUCCACCUACUAAAUGCGACCCAAGUUGGUGCAACUCCGGAUGGAACUGUGUUAGCGACGAUUGCGUGUUUGUAGAUGUUGGAAUAUCACCAGGACCUCCACCAACACCUCCACCUCCAGGAUGUAACAGCAACUGGUGCAAUGGUGAAUUUGAAUGCAACGAGGAAGGUGUUUGUAUGCUGAAGAUAACAGAAACAGUCACAACCCCAGAAACAUUCACAGUAUCGAAAACAAUAAAUUUAUGCGAAGGCAUCACCUGUUCACCCCCUUUCACGUGCGUUGCGGGUGGAUGCGUGGAUGUUCCUGAAAUCACCACUCCUGUGCCCACUGCAUCAAAUCUUAAUCUAUGCGAAGGCAUCACCUGUUCACCACCUUUCACCUGCAUUGAGGGUGAAUGCGUGUACGUUUCUGCAACCACCACUCCCAUGUCCUCUGCUUCAAAUCUUGCUCUAUGCGAAGGCAUCACCUGUUCACCACCUUUCACCUGCAUUGAGGGUGAAUGCGUGUACGUUCCUGAAAUCACUACUCCUGUGCCCACUGCAUCUAAUCUUGAUCUAUGCGACGGCAUCACCUGUUCACCACCUUUCACGUGCAUUGAGGGUGAAUGCGUGUACGUUUCUGAAACCAGCACUCCUGUGUCAACAGCAUCAAAUCUGGAUUUAUGCGAAGGCAUUACCUGUUCACCACCUUUCACGUGCGUUGCGGGUGAAUGCGUGUACGUUCCUGAAAUCACCACUCCUGUGUCCGCUGCAUCAAAUCUUGAUUUGUGCGAAGGCAUCACCUGUUCACCACCUUUCACGUGCGUUGCGGGUGAAUGCGUGUACGUUCCUGAAAUCACUACUCCUGUGCCCACGGUAUCAAAUCUUGAUCUAUGCGAAGGCAUCACCUGUUCACCACCUUUCACGUGCGUUGCGGGUGAAUGCGUGUACGUUCCUGAAAUCACCACUCCUGUGUCCGCUGCAUCAAAUCUUGAUCUAUGCGAAGGCAUCACCUGUUCACCACCUUUUACGUGCGUUGCGGGUGAAUGCGUGUACGUUCCUGAAAUCACUACUCCUGUGCCCACGGUAUCAAAUCUUGAUCUAUGCGAAGGCAUCACCUGUUCACCACCUUUUACGUGCGUUGCGGGUGAAUGCGUGUACGUUUCUGAAAUCACCACUAUUGUGCCCACUGCAUCAAAUCUUGAUUUGUGCGAAGGCAUCAACUGUCCACCACCUUUCACGUGCAUUGAGGGUGAAUGCGUGUACGUUCCUGAAAUCACCACUCCUGUGUCCGCUGCAUCAAGUCUUGAUUUGUGCGAAGGCAUCACCUGUUCACCACAUUUCACGUGCGUUGCGGGUGAAUGCGUGUACGUUCCUGAAAUCACCACUCCUGUGCCCACUGCAUCAAAUCUUGAUUUGUGCGAAGGCAUCAACUGUCCACCACCUUUCACGUGCAUUGAGGGUGAAUGCGUGUACGUUCCUGAAAUCACCACUCCUGUGUCCGCUGCAUCAAGUCUUGAUUUGUGCGAAAGCAUCACCUGUUCACCACCUUUUACGUGCGUUGCGGGUGAAUGCGUGUACGUUUCUGAAAUCACCACUCCUGUGCCCACUGCAUCAAAUCUUGAUUUGUGCGAAGGCAUCAACUGUCCACCACCUUUCACGUGCGUUGCGGGUGAAUGCGUGUACGUUCCUGAAAUCACCACUCCUGUGUCCGCUGCAUCAAGUCUUGAUUUGUGCGAAGGCAUCAACUGUCCACCACCUUUCACGUGCAUUGAGGGUGAAUGCGUGUACGUUCCUGAAAUCACUACUCCUGUGCCCACGGUAUCAAAUCUUGAUCUAUGCGAAGGCAUCAACUGUCCACCACCUUUCACGUGCAUUGAGGGUGAAUGCGUGUAUGUUCCUGAAAUCACCACUCCUGUGCCCACGGUAUCAAAUCUUGAUCUAUGCGAAGGCAUCACCUGUUCACCACCUUUUACGUGCGUUGCGGGUGAAUGCGUGUACGUUUCUGAAAUCACCACUCCUGUGCCCACUGCAUCAAAUCUUGAUUUGUGCGAAGGCAUCAACUGUCCACCACUUUUCACGUGCAUUGAGGGUGAAUGCGUGUACGUUCCUGAAAUCACCACUCCUGUGUCCGCUGCAUCAAAUCUUGAUUUGUGCGAAGGCAUCACCUGUUCACCACCUUUCACAUGCGUUGCGAGUGAAUGCGUGUACGUUCCUGAAAUCACCACUCCUGUGCCCACUGCAUCAAAUCUUGAUCUAUGCGAAGGCAUCACCUGUUCACCACCUUUCACGUGCGUUGCGGGUGAAUGCGUGUACGUUCCUGAAAUCACUACUCCUGUGCCCACGGUAUCAAAUCUUGAUCUAUGCAAAGGCAUCAACUGUCCACCAAGUUUCACCUGCAUUGAGGGUGAAUGUGUAUACGUUUCUGAAACUACGACUCCUGUCCCUACUGCAUCAAAUCUUGAUCUAUGCGAAGGCAUCACAUGUCCACCACCUUUCACGUGCAUUGAGGGUGAAUGCGUGUACGUUACUGAAACCAGCACUCCUGUGUCAACAGCAUCAAAUCUGGACCUAUGCGGAGGCAUCAACUGUCCACCACCUUUCACCUGCGUUGAGGGUGAAUGUGUACACGUUCCUGAAACCAAUACUUCAAGGAUGGAUAUUUGCACCUCGGAGAAUUGUCCACCACCGUUCAUAUGCAUUAAUAAUGAAUGUGUCGUUGAAACCACGACAACACCAGAAGCAACUACCUCCACCAAAGUGGUAAAACGAUGCAACAGAUACGUAUGUCCACCGCCGUUCAUCUGUGAUCCCGUCGAAGAUUUGUGCAAAUUGGGCAACGUUACGAUACCAAAAGAAAAAAACGCGACCCAAGAAAUAUCAGAAGGACUAACCUGCGACCGUUCAUGGUGCUACUUCCCGUAUCGAUGUGAUGAAUAUGACCAAUGUAUGCCACCACCUGUUUCAGGAUACCCAAUGCUACCUCCUCUGCCUACAGAAGUUGCAGCACCGCCUGGUGGUUGUUCGCCCGAUUGGUGUUUGCCUCCCUAUUUUUGCUACUAUGACAUUUGCGUGCACAUACGACUGACCGCACGAGAUGCGAACUGCGAAGGAAUCAUUCCGGUGCCCGUAGCGGGAUGAACCGUCAAGAUCACCUUGCAGGUUUGAAAAUAUCAUCCAUAGGUUAUGUUAUAAUUAAUGAAUAAAUUAUUUAAUAAUCGUAA